AUGUAUGACGCGCUGCGGCGGCAGAAGCUCGGCGGCGACGGGGCCGCGGACGGCGAAGUAACCACGCCCAAGUACAAGCGCGUCAUGCUCAAGGUCUCGGGCGAGGCCCUGGCCGGCAGCCGCGGCUUUGGGCUCGACCCCGCGGUGCUCGAGCUCAUCGCCCGCGAGAUCAGCGAAGCCCACGCCAUGGGCGUCCAGGUGGCGUGCACGAUCGGCGGCGGCAACUACUGGCGCGGCGCGGACGCGUGGGACGGGAUCGAGCGGGCGACGGCCGACUACGUGGGGAUGCUGGCCACGGUCAUGAACGCCCUCAGCCUGCAGGCGGCUCUUGAGAAGCUGGGGGUGCCGACGCGGGUGCAGACCGCCAUUGAAAUGAAGGAGGUGGCCGAGCCCUACAUUCGGCGCCGCGCCAUCCGCCAGCUCGAGACCGGACACGGGCAAGCAGCCCGCGCCGCGGGGGCGGGGCGGCGGCGGCCCGCGGUUUGA